CGAAUAUAUAAAAUUGGUUUAUCCUUCUUUUUGGCCAACAAAUUUAUAAUUGUUUAAUAUUAAGGACAGAAAUAUAGGGUUAUCUGGAUCUAGGGUUAUCUCGCUUCUUCUUCACCAAAAUCAUUGAUAUUUUCUUUUGGUAAUAUUUUUUUUUCUGGGACGAGAAAAUUAGGGAAAACAAUUUCGAAAAUCAACAGAUUUCUGGAUCUAGAGGUUUUUUUUUUCUUCAUGUUUUUCUUUUAGUAAUAUUUUUGUCUAAGACGGGAAAAUUAGGGGGAAAAAUCGAAAAUCAACAGAUUUCUGGAUCUAUUUUUUUAUGUUUUUCUUUUAGUAAUAUUUUUCUCUAAGACGGGAAAAUUAGGGGGGAAAAUCGAAAAUCAACAAAAUUCUGGAUCUAGGGUAUUUUUUUUCCUGUUUUUCUUUUGGUAAUAUUUUUUCUCUGAGACGGGAAAAUUAGGGGAAAUUUUGAAAAUUAACAAAUUUAUGGCUUUCGAUUCUUUUCCCUGUUGUUUUUCUUUUAGUAAUAUUUUUCUCUGAGACGGGAAAAUUAGGGGGAAAAUUGAAAAUUAACAAAUUUCUGGAUCUAGAUUUUUUCCCCGCUGUUUUUCUUUUUUUGAGACUGGAAAAUUAGGGAAAGGAAAUCGAGAAUCAACAAAUUUCUGGAUCUAGGACUUUUUUUUUUUCGUUGUUUUCUUUUAGCAAUAUUUUCUCUUAGACGAGAAAAUUAGGAAAAAAAAUCGAAAAUCAACAAAAUAAUUGAUGCAAAGAAAAAAGCAAGCGAGAUCCUUGAUUAAGUUUUUCUAAAAGAACUUUUGAGAUCGAACUCUCCAAAAAGCGCAGAUCUACCUGAAUGAAUCUGACCAAAUAAAGACAAACCCUAAUUUUUGCUUUUGAUCCUUCAAAUUGAUUUUUGUUUGUUGUUACUGGACUCGCAAUCUGCAAAAUAGAAAGAAAAAUCUGGUCAAAAUCUAAAGAGAACCGAAUCGAUCGAAAAAAAACUCGUAAAAGUUUCUUUUUUGUUAUUGUUGAUGACGAGAUUUUGACGAGAAAUUGACGAUCUCAAACUGAAGAUGAGCAUGUACAAAUCAAUUGUGUAUCAAAGGGAAGAGGUGUUGGGAUAUGUGGAGAUUUAUCCACGACAACAACAGCAGCUUAAGGAAGAAGAAAUGAAGGAAAUCAGGAUAGAAUAUUUGACGCAAAGCAGUGAGAGAUGUCCUCCAUUGGCAGUGCUUCAUACCAUUACUUGUAAUGGGAUUUGCUUCAAAAUGGAACCAUCAAAGGACAGCAGCUACUCUGCUUCUGAAGAUAUGCCUCGGCUUCAUCUUUUGCACUCUGAAUGUAUCAGAAACAACAAGACUGCAGUAAUGCCUAUGAGGGAUUCUGAGCUCCAUUUGGUUGCAAUGUAUUCUAGGAAUAGCUACAGACCCUGUUUCUGGGGAUUCAAUGUAGGAAGGGGACUCUAUGAUUCUUGUCUUGUCAUGCUGAACCUAAGAUGUCUAGGAAUUGUCUUUGAUCUGGAUGAAACUCUCAUUGUUGCGAAUACAAUGCGCUCCUUUGAGGACAGAAUAGAGUCUUUACAACGAAAGAUAAACACUGAGGUUGAUCCACAACGCGUUGCGGCUCUGAUGGCAGAGGUUAAGCAUUAUCAAGAUGAUAAGACCAUAUUAAAGCAGUAUGCAGAGAAUGAUCAGGUUGUUGAAAAUGGGAAGGUGAUAAAGGUUCAGUCAGAGAUUGUUCCAACCUAUUCUGAUAGUCAUCAACCUAUUAUUCGACCGCUCAUUCGGUUACAAGAGAAAAACAUUAUUCUGACUCGCAUCAAUCCACAGAUUCGUGAUACUAGUGUUCUUGUGAGAUUGAGACCUGCAUGGGAGGAUCUCCGAAGCUACUUGACUGCAAGAGGACGAAAACGGUUUGAGGUUUAUGUUUGUACAAUGGCUGAAAGGGAUUAUGCUUUGGAAAUGUGGAGGCUUCUUGAUCCCGAGUCAAAUCUGAUAAAUUCAAAAGAAUUGUUGGAUCGUAUUGUUUGUGUUAAGGCUGGUUAUAGGAAAUCAUUAUUCAAUGUCUUUCAAGAUGGAAUAUGCCAUCCAAAAAUGGCAUUGGUUAUUGAUGAUCGCUUAAAAGUUUGGGAUCAGAAAGAUCAACCUCGUGUGCAUGUUGUUCCUGCAUUUUCCCCUUACCAUGCCCCUCAAGCUGAAGCAAAUAAUACUAUUCCAGUUCUAUGUGUUGCAAGAAAUGUUGCUUGCAAUAUUAGAGGCGGGUUUUUCAGAGAAUAUGAUGAAGUCCUUUUACAAAGAAUACCUGAAAUUUCAUAUGAAGAUGAUACAAAAGAUAUUCCGUCACCUCCAGAUGUGGGCAACUAUUUGGUCUCUGAGGAUGACAGUUCUGCUUCAAAUGGAAACAAAGAUCAACCUCUGUUUAAUGGUAUGGCAGAUGCUGAGGUUGAAAGAAGACUAAAGGAGGCAAUUUCAGCUGCAUCAACAGUCUCUUCAGCAGCUAUUAACCUAGAUCCAAGGCUUGCUCCUUCGCUACAAUUCACCAUACCAACUCCUAGUUCAGUUCCAUUGCCAAUAGUUCAGUUUUCUGAGGCAGCUCAAGUGAUUACACCAGUGGCUCCUGUUGUGGCCCUUGAACAAAGCUUGCAAAGUUCCCCAGCAAGAGAAGAAGGUGAGGUUCCAGAAUCAGAAUUAGAUCCUGAUACAAGGAGGAGGCUUCUGAUACUGCAGCAUGGGCAAGAUACCAGAGAUCACACACCAGAACCUGCAUUUCCACCUGUAGGACCUAAAAUGCAAGUUCCAAUCCCUCAUGCUCAAUCCUGUGGAAGUUGGUUUCCUGCAGAGGAGGAGAUGAGCCAACGACAACUGAACCGAGCAGUUCCCAAAGAUUUUCCUUUGGAUCCUGAGCGAAUGAAUAUUGAGAAACAUCGACAUCCGCCCUUUUUCCCCAAGUUUGAGAAUUCUAUUCCAUCUGAUAGAAUUCUUCAUGAAAACCGAAGAUUUCAAAAAGAGGCACUUCGAAGAGAUGACCGAUUGGGGUUAAACAAUACAUCUAGUUAUCAUUCUUUUUCAGGUGAGGAGAUACCACUUGGUAGAUCAUCUUCUUUCCACAACGCUCUUGAUUUUGAAUCAGGACAUACUAUUCCAAUUGGAGAAACCCCAGUUGCAGUUUUACAAGAUAUUGCAAUGAAGUGUGGAGCCAAGGUGGAAUUCAGAUCAGCUUUGGUUGCUAGCCUUGACCUGCAAUUCUCCAUUGAGGCUUGGUUUGCCGGGGAGAAAAUCGGUGAAGGGAUUGGUAAAACAAGAAGAGAAGCCCAGUGUCAGGCUGCUGAGGAUUCUAUAAGAUGUUUAGCUGAUACAUAUUUGUCCCAUAUUAAGCCUGAUUCUGGUUCUGCACAAGCUGAUGUAAGUAGGCUGUCCAACAUGAAUGACACUACCUUUCUUGGUAAUAUGAAUUCAUAUGGGAACCAACCAUCAUCUAAAGAGGAAUUUAUGUCGUUUUCAAUUGCAUCAGAAUCACCUAGGCUUGUUGACCCGAGGCUCGAAGGCUCCAAGAGAUCUAUGGGUUCAAUCGCUGUGCUUAAAGAAUUAUGCAUGAUGGAGGGUCUCGGGGUAGCUUUUCAAGCACAGCCUCCGUCUUCAUUUAAUCCAUUGCAGAAUGAUGAAGUAUAUGCACAGGUUGAAGUAGAUGGGCAGGUUUUCGGCAAAGGAACUGGGUUGACAUGGGAAGAGGCUAAAAUGCAGGCUGCUGAAAAGGCCCUUGGAAGUUUAAGAUCAAUGCUUGGUCAAUUUACGCAUAAUCGUCAGAGUUCUCUGAGUUCCUUGCAAGGUAUACAAGGUAAACGUCUAAAGCCAGAGUUUCCACAAGUUCCACAGUGGAUGGCUUCUUACGGUAGAUAUCCCAAGAAUGCUCCUCGGGUUCCCUGAAGACCUAAAAAGCUUUCUUGUAAUCUCGCUCUUUGUUCAUAUUGUGUCUGAAAGCCUAACGGAUGAGAUGUCAUGACUUGAAAUCCACCCGGAAAGCAAGCAGAGAGUUGUUUUACAGAUAGAAUGCGAAGAUUUACAUGCACGAACUCACCAUCUUGUCUUUGCCUCUCAGCGACAACCAAGCUCAAACAGAUGAUGAAUGUGCUAAUGUAUCGGGUUUUUCCCCCUCAAAACGCCUAACAGCCCAACAACGCAGCAAAGGGAGGUGCAGCGGGUGCCACAACAGUCUGCACUCUUCUUUUGUUAAUGCUGCAAAUACUAAAGUCUCCAUACAACUCGGUUGUCUGCAGAAAGAGUUCAGUAAAAAUAUUAUGGAGGCCCUUGUACUUAAGUGUCAGAUUGCGUUUUGCCGCCUUUACUAAAAAAUGGGCAACUUAGUUCUUGAAUAUUAGAUCAAACAGCAAACUGUUUUUUUCUUUUAAAAUUUUCAUUUAUUUCUACUAUUAAAAAUUGACAUAGCUGAUAGAAUAACCAAAUAGUGACAUGUGGCGUCACAUGUACCUUAUCCUGACAUACAUGUACCCGUUUUUAACUAUGGAAAUGAAUAAAUUUUUUUAAUAGAAA